AUGAACGCUUCCUUUAAUGGAGAACUUGGGGUGCGCGCGCAGGUGAAGUACCACGCUCGUUGUUUUGAUUCGAAACGUUUUCUGGCCAAGCCCCAAGCAUUCGAAUGGAUCGACUUUCAGCGCUUGAAAUGCGAAAGCGAGAAGCGCUGCCCAUACGAGCACCUACGAUGUCGCUCCCGCCGAGUGACCUUUGUGACAGAGCGCGAGGGCUUCUUUGAUGGGUUACAUUUUCAUUUGUUGGUUGAACUAGAUGAGUUCACUUCAAUUGACACCCUUGCAGAUGACACCACGUGGUCCACUACUUACGUGCGUCUCUUGGAAAAAAGCAUUUGGCUGUCAGCUGGAACACAGAUCGUUUGUGAUUGUGAAGCCAGAUCCGAGAUGGGUUCUGAACGAGACCGGUUGGAGUGUUUUUCUGUGAAGGUUCAUUUCGGAGAGCCGAAUGAACAAGAGGUGUCGUCCUUUUAUUGGGAAGGAUGCACCUGA